CUUACCCUCGGCAAUCGUUUGACACGAUGCCCUGAUCUUGACGUGAGCGAACCCGAGAAUAAUGCAGAGCCGUGGCCAAAUCGCACAUGGAAUGAUGUCGAUGGUCCUCCUGCCAUGUCCUUCCUCAACGAUAACGCCUCCUCGCCGCUCCCGGGCGAUGGUGUGAGCAAGCGCAAGCAGGGCUCCGCCGCCUGCGUCCACUGCCACCGGCGCAAGGUUCGUUGCGAUGCCCGUAUGGUCGGAACACCCUGCACAAACUGUCGCACUUCUGGAAAAACCGACUGCCGCAUCCACGAAAAGAAGAAGCGACUUGCAGUACGCUCGAUCCUGGACCCCGUUCCGAUCCGAUCUCGGCCCCUCCCGACCUCUGAUCACGCCGCCAACGCGUCAACGUCGGCCGGCACGCCGCAGCCGCCAAGCUUUCCCACUGCUUUCCCGGGUGGCUCCGCGGCAACACCUCUUGCAAGCAACCUUUCGCAGCAAACCUUCCUAUCCAAUGCCGGGCCGGACAAUUUCGGGCGCCAAGGCCCGGAUCUGUCGCAUGCCCACGAGGCACACACGGAGAUGGAACAGCACCUUGUCAAACUCAUUGACGAGGAAGAAUCCGGCAGAAGAGAAAUCCAAAGAGGCGUGCGCGCAUUCUAUGUUGGGCAUGAGCAUUCAAAUAUGUCCUUCCUGAUUCGCCAACAACGAGAUCAGGACGACAAUGUAUACCACUUUGCAAGCAAUGAGAUCCCGCGGCGACAGACGAAGACCGUUCAGGAUCAGCUUCUGAUGGAUGCAUUGACUCUACCCGAGCCGGCUCUGGCAGAUGAACUGGUGCAGGCAUACUUUACCUACGUCAAUCCCGGAUACCCCAUUAUCGACGAAGAUCUGUUCAUGACACAAUACCGAAAUCGAAACCCCUCAGAUCCCCCGCCAAUUCUGCUGCUUCAAGCCAUUUUACUUGUUGGAGCACACGUCACCCGCCCAAAAGUUGAGCGUGACGCACUCAAAGAAAUAUUUUUCCGUCGCACCAAAUACCUGUUUGACAACCGUAUCGAGCGCAAUCGGGAUAUUCUCGUUCAAGCAGCGCUGCUGUUGACUUGGCAUUCGGAUAGCGCCGACGACGACGUGGCAGCAGACGCCCACUUUUGGGUUGGCGUGGCUGCACGAAUCGCCACCGGGCUUGGAAUGCACCGCAAUCCCGUGUCCAGUAGCUUUGUUACACGGGACAGGCGGAUGUGGAGACGAGUCUGGUUCAUCAUGGUGCAAUUCGAUGUGAUGGUCUCACUUUCAUAUGGUCGUCCACAAGCUAUCAACUUGGAUGACUCUGAUGUGUCCCCUCUGACCCUAGCCGAUUUUGAGAACUGUGGGCCUCAUGUGCAAUCCGAGUUUGUAAUUCAUUUUACAGAACUUUGCACCAUGAUCUCGUAUCUCAUUCGGGAUCGGUUCGGACUGCGUUCUUCUGAUGAACGACGAAAGGCCGUUCUUUCAGAAGCCGAUGAGUCUUUGGCAAACUGGUCAUUGAAGCUUCCGGACAACCUGCGCCUUCGAGCAUCUGACAUGGAUCCUUGGUCUGCUAUGCUCCAUCUGACCUACAACAACUUCCUGAUUUUGCUGCAUCGACCUCACCCGAGAGCCUCCGCGUACUCGGACGAUUACGGUCCCCACGACGCGGAAAUUUGCAGUGCUGCUGCUGGAGUCAUCGCCUCUAUCUUCGAAGAGCUCAGACUCAACGACCGUCUGAAGUUCCUCUGGUACACCGGUGUCCAUACUCUAUUCACAGCCAUGAUCCAGGUCCGGGUCGAGCUGCGGUUCUCCAAUCCCGUUCUGGCGAUCAAUGCUCUGCGUCGUUUCGAUUCAGCAUCCUAUUCUCUCCGGGAACUGGCUCAGUAUUGGGUCCACGCAGGCACAAUUUUGCGACUGUUCGAAGACUCCAAGCGUCUUCAGAAAGACUUGCGCACGGCUACGGGCGAUCGAUCCAAGUCAUAUAAUGCCACUGCCAAUAAGAUGCCAGUCACUACUCCCGACCCGACAGCGGCCAUGCAGGCUGUACAGACACCGCGGCCGCUUUCCUUCGGUGUUCCAACCCCUGAAUCCAGCCAUACACCGAUGCAAGGAGCUACAUUAUCGCCACAACCACCCCAACCACAGUUCGACAACUGGAUCACCGCACCGCUCAGGCUCAAUGUUGGUCCACUGGAGCGAAACGACCCAUAUGCCAAUACCAUGCAGGUGGAUCCUCUGGAGCAAACCCGCGACUAUCCAGAUUGGAAGCAGCUCUUCUCCUUUGCAGAUUCCGAAUUGCCUCCGCCCAUGCCCAUGGAAGGACUCAUGGAAUUAGAAGACGAAUGGCGACAGAUUUAUUGGCAAGAUACCCCAAUGGCAGAUCUCAUGCAGGAUGGAGGCUGGCUUCCCGGCUAG